AGCUCAGGGCAAGGGUAAGGUGUUGAGGCAAACUACACUGUUUGGUACAAAGGCGGUUGAGACUAAAAUGCCUGGGAGAAAGGGCAAAGCAACCACACGGGCAGCCAAAGCCACAGCCACAGUCACACACGUGUCAGAUGUUGACAGUGACACAGACAGUGACGCCGACCACAAUGGCAAGAGACCGAAGAGGAAGAAGGCGAGGGCUGGGUCCGCAGCGAGUGCCUCGCAGAGUGUUAAGAAAACCAGCACGGGUACAAAUAAGGGAGGUAUGGAUAAGGCGGGUAAGAGUAAGACAGCUGUGAGUGCGAGGAGAAGCGCUAGGAACAUAAGAUCAUCGUUGGCCAAGGAGAAGUCGGGUGUGGAGAAACUGCUGGCUGCCAAUCCCGGGACUGGCAGGAAGGGAAUAAAGACGAUAGCCGACUUAGAUGAGAAGGUCAUGGUGGAUAUGGAUAAGGAUGAUAAAGCAGCGGACACCAGCACAGGCGUAAUGAACACCAGCACCAGCGCAUACGCUAAAGGCAAGAAGAACCAGCUCUCACACUCAGACAGUGAACAGGGCCACUCGGACGAUGACGAGGGCUUGAGUGACAUUGACGACACCGAGUUCAAUGAACUGUACCACGAACACACAGACACGAGCCGUAUCAACAACACACACGAGCAGGCGAGCGACAGUGACGGGCUCAGCGAUGUGGAUGAGGAUGAUGACGAAGAUGAAGAGUGGCAGAAGAUACUCGAGCAGAUGAAGGGCUACCGAUCCGAACUCAAAGACAUCAAGAAUGGCAAACAGGACUCUAAGCGACACAGCAUGUUCAUCGGUGCUAUUCGCGAACGCAACCAGCUGAAGUUCAUGACAGCGUAUGUGUGA